AUGAGUAGAAGCCGUCGUUCUUCAUUCGGGCAUACCCACUAUCAGCAUCAGUUUACUGUUACUUCAACUAUCAACUACGGCGACGGGUUGAGUGAUAAUGGAACCAGUGUUUCGCAAAAUGAUGCUCCAUCCCCAUCCCGGUUUAGUGAAUCGUCCUAUUCGAACCUCGGAACGCGUUUGACCGCUUUUGCCACACCUAAUACUGAAAGCUAUCGAAAUGAAGAAAAUUUGCGGCCUUGCUGCAUGGCAGCAGCUGCUGCUGCGGCGGCAGCCACGGCAGCACCAUCUUCUGCAACAACAUCGUCGGGCGAUCGAUAUUCGACUAACUCUGCUCCCACAUCUAUUAUCGCUUAUCCUGAUAACAGAAAUGCUCCCCAUCAUCGUUCGAUGUCACCUAGUUCCCGAACACGUUACCCGGUCCCGGAACGGUUUCGUGAUCCUCCAACUCCAAAAACUGACCAAUAUGGAAAAUAUUUGAUAAACAAUCCUCCCCUGAUGACCAACUCGGAUAGCUACAGUUAUUUAACUUCCACUGUACAUACACCUGUUAAGCGUUAUAUUCCGACGCCACCACCCCCGGAGAAGUAUCACCAGCAGGAAUUGGGAAUAGGACCGACACUGAUGGCCGGAUUAAUCGCAUCGAAAGGAGGAAUCAAUAUAAUAAAUCAAGCUGCUUCAAGAGUUUCAUCUGUAAGUACUCUUCCCUACCGUUUGAAAGUGGAACCAAAGAAUUCGCAAGUUCAAAGUCUAACCGAAGACUCGACAGACCACUAUGCAACUCCACCUCGCGCUAAGCCCGUUAAAUGCCAACAACCGCUUUGUACGUUUAACCAAACAGCUACGCUUGGGCGGCAAUCGCGCCAGCUGUGCCCCACUACCCCCGACUAUUCCAUGCUACGUACACCCACUCCUGUUAGUAUAAUGAGCGAACCGCUGGCACCGAAUUUGACCGACGAGGAAAACUGCUUCCACUGUAGUACCCUACGGCGAGCCACCGGAGUGCACCAGACCACCCAAACCUCCGGUCCAAUCAGUCCGCAACCGCUGUCCAUUUCUUCAGUGUCCAUGUCGGAGAUGGAACGUCAAUCUCCGUUAAGCCCACCGUCUAUAGUGUCGCAUACUUCCUAUUCCCAUCAGCAUCCUCUGCUAACUCCGCGUGAGGACGGUCGAAACUCGUCCUCUCUGAUCAUUUCCCAAUCGCAUACACUGAACAGCUCCUGUAGCAACCCAUCCAUCAUUAUCCAGUAUCAACAGCAACAUAUACAGCACCAGCCGAUACAACAGCAGCCUCUUUAUCAACAGCUCCAGCAGCUACAGCAACAGCAGGUACAACAACAGCAACAAUCGCUACCGCUCCAGCAAAUAUCGGCCCCCAGACUUCAGGCGGACUCGACACCUUCUACGCUCCAACGCAAUACACAACCCAGCCGAGCACGUCUAUCGCACAAGCAACGGAUCAAGGAGUAUCUGCGCCGCAGCACUUCUCAGUUCUUCGGCGUUGAUCAGUUGAACGAAGAUUACGAGCAGCAAAAAUGGGAGGAUCGACAGAAGCGGCUUGCAGUUCGUCGAUUCGGCCCGUUGAAAGAAGACGUCGUUGGCCCUCGGGUAAACGAGGUACACGCCGACAUGCUAACCGAGCACAGCGAUCGGCCCGACGUACUGCCGGCUCAGAGCCAAGAUGAACCAGAAACAGAACAGAACCGUCGCCAAAGGUUCAAUCCAUAUUAUCGGCAUGAUGGAACCGAGGGAUAUCAUGUUGAGCGGAAACCGACAGUUUCGCAGAUGAUUGGCAAUGGGUUCGUGUUUGUUGUACAAAGCUUGCGGAAUCGAGCUUCCCGAAAGCAGAAGCAGUGGUCCAGAAGUUUUGCUCCAGCACACGUGGCUCUAAACAAUGACGAUAACGAUAUGUGUGAUGGACUAACACCAAUUCACGACGAUGAGCUGUUUUUCGACAUUCCAACGGUGAGUAAUCAGCAGCAGAUUGAAAAUGAUCUUGAGGCGGACAAUUCUCGGCAAAUAUACGUGGUGGAUGCAAAUCGUGCUACAAUUAGCAAUGGCUGGCGGACACGGUCGGCUGAGAUGCAAGUACAGCAGCAGCAGCGUCCACCGCGUCCCAGGAAUGCUUUGUACCAGUACUAUGGACAGCGGAUCAUGACGCACAUUCUCGACAGUGUAUUGGACAAUUCGAGACGGUUGUCGCAUCACAACAUCAAGCUGUUGAGACCAAACUCCCUGGAUGACCGCUACGACCAUAGACCGUUCUUUACGUACUGGGUGAAUACGACGCAGGUGCUUGUAUUGCUGCUGAUGAUGUUAUGUUAUGGAAUUGGCCCGAUAGGAAUCGGUUACGAGCAGAAGAGUGCACAGGUUUUGGUUACGAGCUUAAGUUUGCAAACGGUGCAACAUUAUGAGCAACGAAACGUUUGGAUCGGACCUCGAGGCGAAGAUUUAGUCCACGUGGGAGCAAAGUAUGCAGCAUGCAUGCGCAGGGACACCAAGGUGAUGGAAUUGAUUUCGAAAACUCGAAAGCAAGAACGAGAAACUGCAUGUUGUAUACGAAAUGACGAUUCCGGAUGUGUUCAAAGUUCGCAAGCUGACUGUUCUGUUCGCGGACUGUGGCCGACGACCAUUUCGACGUGGAAGAAGUGGUCCCCUGGAGAUUCGGGCCCCGGUGGUCGAAUAUCCGGUAGUGUUUGCGGCCUAGAUCCAAAAUAUUGCGAAGCUCCGGCUUCGAUAGCACCACACGAAUGGCCAGACGACAUAACCAAAUGGCCUAUCUGUAGGAAAAAUAAUCAAGUUUCGCAAAAAUUUCGCUUCAAAGAUCACACGGCAGAGCAUAUGGUCUGCGAGGUGAUCGGUCAUCCAUGCUGCGUCGGUAUAUCCGGAGAGUGUCGCAUCACCACCAGGGAGUACUGUGAUUUUGUGCGAGGAUAUUUUCACGAAGAAGCCUCGUUGUGUUCACAGGUUUCUUGUUUAAAUGACGUGUGCGGCAUGUAUCCGUUCAUCGCCACCGACAUUCCGGAUCAGUUCUACAGACUGUUCACGUCACUGUACCUUCACGCCGGUAUAAUGCACGUUGUGCUAACCUUUGCCUUCCAGCAUAUCCUCCUAUCGGAUCUGGAGCGUUUGCUGGGCUCACUUCGGACGGCGAUCUUGUACAUUGGUUCCGGUAUAGCCGGCAACCUUAGUAGUGCAAUUUUCACACCGUAUAGACCGGAGGUCGGUCCACUGCCAUCGCUUGCGGGAACGCUUUCCUCGCUGCUAACGCUGUUAAUUCUUUGCCACUGGCGCGGCCUAAAGCGUCCUCAUCUGGCACUGCUAAAGCUAAUCGUUAUCGGUGUUUUGGUCUUCGGGAUGGGCACGCUUCCGUGGCAGCAAAAUUUUACCGGAUUGGUGGCGGGCUUGCUGUUCGGAAUGACCUUCACCCUUGCCCUCACGCCGUACGUACACGUGAGAAGAUACAGCAGAAAGAGAAAGAUAAAUCUUAUAUGGACCUGUUUCGUUCUUCAAUUCGUACUGUAUGCCUUUAUGUUCCUAGCGUUCUACCUAUUUUCGACGCCAUUUUCGCUCAACUUCGUAGACGGUAAUCAGAUCGCCAGCGUAACCGACAACGGCGGUUUGCAUGAUCAUUUCAAUCCGUACGAUACGUUCAACUACUUCAACACCAAAAACUCCGAUAGCACGGGAUCGCCGGGAUCGGGAUCCGGAACCGGUGGCGGGUCGGCGGGUGGAUCCGGACGUGGCGAAGGGGCUGGCCGAUAUGGCAACGGAGGUGGUGCUAUCAGUAUGUCAGGUGGAACGAUCAAAAACAUUAACCCGAAAUACAAUAAUAUACAUAGUAGCAGCAGUAUCGGAGCCGGUGCAGGGGGUGGUGGUGGCAGUACUAAUCUCAACGCUAGACCCAACAGCCACACUCAUAAAUUGGUAGCUAUAUGUGAGAAAGGACAGUGCAACCCACGCCCGAACGCAUGA